AGACUACAGAUUCCGCUGAACCGGGUGUCCGCAAACGGUCGACUGCUGCAGAACGUCUCGCGCGAAUGCAGGCGGAUCCGAGGAUAAAGACGAUUGAAAAACACCGUGCUCGAUGCGGCCUAUGCGAUAGAUGGGUAAAGCUUCAAAACAAAACUGAGUACGAUCCCCAUAAUUGGUUUGCGCACGUCAAGAAAUGUGCAUUAAGAUCUGGUGCACCGGAGCUAACGGCACCUAUUGUUGCUGACACUCCAGGAAUGUAUGAAACAUCGCCUACUGUCAAUGGCGACUCAGACACUCCAUCCUUUGUCGUCGAGAGGUCUGGGAUUGUCGAUAGGCGCAGUCUUCUGCUUAACGAUAGCCGCUCCGCAGCUGUAGAACCACACCGAGUCUUGUGCGGAAUUUGCCAACAGUGGAUCAAGCUUCGCGACGGAAAAGAGUACGUUCCGUAUAACUGGUUCAAGCAUAAGCGAAAGUGCGAAAGAAGGAACGGACUGCCCCAGACUCCGACGUUGUCGAUUACAGGAAACGAGGACAAAGCACCCGUAACCACUCCGAUUAAAGAUGUUGUAAAAAAGGAACCCAGUUCUAUCGACAUGUCGCUCUAUAGUAAUGAUAUACGCAAAAUGACAGACGAAGAACGGGAAGCUCAGCUACGCGCUGACCCGAGACUCGGGGACGUCGAGCCCGGACGCGUCUUCUGCAAGAUGUGCAACAGUUGGAUUAGGCUAAACAUGGCUACCGGAUUUCUUCGUGGUAACUGGCUGCGACACGCGGAGAGAUGCAAAGGAAAGUCGCACUGGGAAGGGAAAGCACCUGAAGCUCAGGAAGGGCCACCUGAACUCAGACCUGUCGAGAUCAUUGACCUUGACGAUUCUGAAACAUUAGGACAUGGCCAUUUCGGAUACAUCGAAUUAGGCCGUCUCAUUGGCAAGUUUGAACCGACAAUCUCAUCAAUAGACUACGGAAAGCCUCCAGAGACGAAAGCCGUACCAGUACUAAAGCAGCAACCCACAUGGAGCAUGCCAAAUCUCCGUGCCAGGACGAACACCCCGACCCGAAAUGGGUCUGUGCCGCUUCCUCAAAGUACCAGUGAGCCAAAGGUGUCCGACACUGGCAAGCGCAUGCAUCGUUCGGAAGAGUCGCGAAAACUGGAACUCGAGAACGAUGAUCGUACGAAGAUAGUUCAACCGGAUAAGAUUCUUUGUGCAAUGUGUGACCGCUGGAUUCAAAUGCGCCGGGAUGUUUCUUAUAGCCCGCAGAACUGGUUAAAGCACGCAGGAAUCUGCGAGCAAAGAACAGGAUGGCUGAAAAGAAACAAAGCUGGGAAACCAGAAAAUAAUGAGAGUCCUUCCAUGCCGGUCACUAGGGAGCCUUCAGAGGACCCCGUUCCGUACAACGCUCGAGUACGAGCUAAGGAGCGCUCGGCAUUGGAUGCACCACCGGCCCUAAAACCAGUUGACUGGGAUCAGAUCGUCGGUUCUGAUGACGAUGACGAUGACGAAAGUACAAUGGCGGAUGUUGGUCUCUCUGCAGACACUCUUCCUUCAUCUAAACAUAACAUUUUAUCCGUCAAGACCCCAGCGAGUACAACGACAGGACCAGAGAGUCCGUCCCAGAGACUAGUUAUACCGACCCCACUGACUUCCUUACGAACCAGCAAAGCUGAAACCAAGAUACUGUCGACUUCAUCGUCAACUUCGCCAGGAGUACGAAUCCCGCCGUCGAGCUCGCCGCCGAUGGUCGGGCCUUUUACUACUGUUCCGCUAUCAUUCUAUCGACCUACUUAUCCUCAGCAUGUUGUUCAACACGGGUAUAACUCCAGUAAGGACGGCAUACCAGUAAAGGGCGCAUCUCCACAUAACGGUGGGGGUGCGCAAAGACCAGUACCUUUCGUUGUUCCGCACCUUCUCCCUCGACCUGUAUUAGUGCCGAUUUCUCACGCAGCUGGACAAAGAUCUGCGAUUCCUUCCCCGUUCCGUUUGCCUGCUACUCCUCCCUUACCCCCUCCGGUAGGGAUCGCAAAAACCAAUACUCCAAUGCUGACGCCCCCACCGACCGCGCCUAUGACCAAUGGUGCUGCAAGUCCUGCAUCUGCAAAUCCUCCUCAGUCGGCUCAAGUACCUAGGGAGGCUAGCGGCGUGGCAGUUCCGACGCCUGUUAGAUCGGUCCUGGAGCAGCCUACGAUAGCAAGUGACGCUGCUGCACUUGACAAGUCUCCUCUUAGCCCUCCUGCGGCAUCUGGAAAGUCUGCCCCGCGAAAAUCGAGUUACGGGCCGGUGGGUCCAGGCGUACUGCAACUUGCACCCGAAUCCUCGACGAAGCAAGAUACGCCAACGGUGCAAAAGGACAUCAUGUCGCCACCACCGACCGCGGGAGUCACAAACAAGGAAAUGUCUGUGCCCUCGGAGUCACUGCCCUCGGAGCACUUGGAGAUGCAUCCGAUUAUUGGGACUGGACAAGAGGCCAUGUCAGCGGAGGCCUAACUGCUCCAGGUCUCGUCGUUUCCGUCAUUUCCGUAUUUAGAUGAAGUUAAGUCUUAAUCAUUAUUCCUUUCCAGUUUUCGGUUCACUUGUUUCCAUCUUACCGUCCUAUAUGCUAUGCUGUACUUUGCAUUAACUUUUCACCACCCGUCUUCUUCAAUUAUGUUUUACAAUACUAUCACUAGUCAUCUAUGCUCUCCUUUUGGACUAAUUUUGUUCCGUGGAUGAAAUUGGCUUGUAACUUACACUACUACAAUCACUUGAUAUUGUACAAUAUUCGUCCUUACAUUCGUAACUAC